CCUGAAUACAGGACGGGAUGAGAUUGAGGAGGCGGGCCACCUCAUGUUCUGGGGUAGGAGCAAAGGGAGCAGGUGGGUGGGAUGCAAAGAGGCUCCGAGGUACCGCGGAGGGGAGGUGAAGACGCUCGUGUCUGCUCGGAAGGUUGGGAGACGAGGCCCUCUGCUGACAGGACAGGGACCUGAAAGGAUGGCAACCAGAGACGAAUGAAAGCCGGGGAUCCAGGCUCAUCUGAUGCCCCCGCUCACCCGGGGAGGUUGGUGUUAUUACGCCCACUUUACAGCUGAAGAAACUGAGAGCGUCAGCGACGUGGCCGGGGUCACCCACGCAGCCGGCAGGUGUCUGAGGUAGCAUUUGAACUCAGCUCUUCCUCAUUGCACCUCCGUGCCUCUCUUCCCAGUAAUACCUAGCGGCAUUGAGCCUUAACUGAGAUGCAGCUGAAGGCUGUGAGCGAGGGCGCAAGCUGUGGGCUGGGGCCUGCACUGAUCCGGGGCGGGCACCGGACCCGAGGCCAGCCUGGGAGAGGACGUCUGCGGACCCGGGCUUCACCACAAAGCCGGACCUGAAGGAGCCUGGAACGUGGGAACGAUCGGACACGAAGGGAUGUGGGACCAAAGGGGCCUCUCCCUUUAUUCCUCAGGGGGGAGCUCGGUGGUUGUGGGGCAGGGACAGGGUGAGGGAGGGGGACACGGAGAGGGGGCACGGGGCAGGUAGAGCCCGGAGCCGGGAGGCAGGACUGGAGUGGUGCAGUAGGAGAGUAGAAGGGAAGUGCUUGGUGGGCGGAGAAAAGCUGUGAUCUCCACGCCUCCUGGGGCGGAGCUUUCCUACCCUUCCGUCUUCUUUCUUCACGCCCUCUUCUACCGUCACUUCCGGCGGACAUACGUAUUUCCUCCUGCCUCUCCAAAAGCUUUUACAAACUAGCGGGCCCUUUAAGAGGGGGGCGGUACCUUUAUACGCCGGAAGUUCCUAUGAAAGGGAGGCGUGGCCGCGCCCCCGGGGCGGAAGCCGGAAGCGGAGGCGGCUGGGACCAACGUGGUGGUCAUGUCGGCUCUCCGGGCAUUGGAUCCUGGUGUCGGGGCCGGGGUAGGGCCGGGGUCCGCGACCGCCGCCGCCUCCGGCCCUCCCGGGGGCCCCGCCCUCGCUUCCGGGAAUCUGUUCCAUCCCAUCAGCGCCGAGGAUGAGGAGCAGCAGCCUACGGAGAUCGAGUCCCUGUGCAUGAACUGUUACGGCAACGGGAUGACUCGCCUUCUGCUAACCAAGAUUCCCUUCUUCAAAGAGAUCAUUGUAAGCUCUUUCUCCUGUGAGCAUUGUGGCUGGUCCAACACAGAGAUUCAGUCUGCAGGCAGGAUCCAGGAACAGGGUGUGCGCUACACCUUGUCUGUUAAGGUUCCUGAGGACAUGAACCGAGAGGUGGUGAAAACAGAUUGUGCCACAGUAAGGAUCCCAGAGUUAGACUUUGAGAUUCCUGCUUUCAGCCAAAAAGGAGCUCUGACAACUGUCGAAGGAUUAAUUAGUCGUGCCAUCUCUGGUUUGGAACAGGACCAGCCAGCCCGCAGGGCGAAGGGGGAAACAGUGGCUGGGAAAAUUGAUGAGUUCAUUGCCAAGCUGAAGCAGCUGAAGCGGGUAGACUCCCCAUUCACUUUUAUCAUCGAUGAUCCUUCAGGGAACAGUUUUGUGGAGAAUCCGUAUGCCCCUCGGAAAGAUGAGGCUCUGGUGAUCACACACUACACCAGGACUCCCCAGCAGGGAGACAUGCUGGGUCUCAAGACUGAAGAGCCUGAAGAGAAGUCCACUGACCCCGUGGAGGAUCUCAGGAAUGAAGUUUUACAGUUCAACACAAAUUGCCCUGAGUGCAAUGCUCCUGCCACCACCAACAUGAAAUUAGUCCAAAUCCCCCACUUUAAGGAGGUUAUCAUCAUGGCGACCAAUUGUGACAACUGUGGGCACCGGACUAAUGAGGUAAAGUCAGGAGGUGCAGUGGAACCCUUGGGCACCAGGAUCACCCUUCAUAUCACGGAUCCCUCAGACAUGACCAGGGAUAUACUGAAGUCUGAGACAUGCAGUGUAGAAAUCCCAGAAUUGGAGUUUGAGCUGGGCAUGGGUGCCCUCGGGGGCAAGUUUACCACCUUGGAGGGACUGCUGAAAGACAUCUGUGAUCUGGUCACUAGGAACCCUUUUACACUGGGUGACAGCUCCAAUCCUGACCGCACAGAAAAGUUGGAGGAGUUUAGCCAGAAGCUGGACCGGAUUAUAGAGGGCAAAAUGAAUGCUCACUUCAUUCUGGAUGAUCCGGCAGGAAACAGCUACUUACAGAAUGUGUAUGCCCCGGAGGAUGACCCAGAGAUGAAGGUAGAGCGCUAUAAACGCACAUUUGAUCAGAACGAGGAGCUGGGGCUCAAUGACAUGAAGACGGAGGGCUAUGAGACUGGACUGGCAACACAGCGGUAGCAGUGGGCAAAGGGGCAGGUCAGACGACAGAGCUGCCCAGGGCCCCGUGGUUAUUUAUUCCUGUUGUGAUAAAUCAGAGGGACAGGGACUAGAGAACAAGGGCUUUCUCUUGGAUGGGAAGACCUGGUCUGAGUCCAUGAAGCUGUGCAUACUUUCAAAACAAUUCAUGAUGCAAAUGCACAUCUGUUGUGUUACUGAACUUAUUUUGGAGGUUUUGUAUUGGUUUUUGAAGAAACUUGGAAUUGAACUCUCGGGCAAGUUACCACCAAUUUUUCCUGUUAAAGUCUUACUUACCUUUCCUAUUUCUCCUCCUUUCUAUAAGGAAGGGGCUGUGAGGAGCUGCUUCUGAGUAGGCUUGGAGAAAUGGAGGAGCUGGGCCACAGUCAGGGGUUGGCAUUCUAUAGAUAUUAAUUCUAGCUUUCAAAAAUGAGAGGAGCCAUGUUUGGGGUGGGGCCAGAGUCCUGGGAUCAGGCAGAAAAAAAGAUUGCCAAUAAAAUUACUGCUUUCAAACAA